AUGGAGGAUAUCUUCGGGGAAGGCAUCAAUCAAUCUGGCCUUGAGAAGGUGCUGGCCGAACAGAUGGACGAUGACUCGGACAAUGACAAGCAGUCAGUCCAGAGCUUCCUUGUGGAUGACCAGUUCGGACAAGUAGAUGAUGCUCAAUUUGGUCUCACCCCAAGCAAGCUCGAUUGGGUGACAAAUGUCUUUGGCGAUACCUCUGUGCUGAGACCUUUGGGAGAACUUGAAGGCGGCGAUGAAGAUGCUCCUCCUGCUGUUCAUGCCAGCCUUGGCGCUGCUGAAGCAGCCGCGGCUGCAUCAUUAGCCGCAAAACAAGAGUCGACUGAAGCAGAUGCCACGGCCGUUGAAGCUGUUCUGCCGCUGUGCGAUGCCUUGGAUCCCGAUGUUCUGGAGAAGUCCUACCAACUUCCUGUGGACCAAGCCUUUGCAAACAGCCAAGAGCCAGAACGCUGGCUGCAGACAUAUUGUCAGGGACAAGCUAACAGUGUGCGUUCCUGGACAGAUGAGGAAUAUCAAACAGAGGCUCGUUGGAUUUACAAUCAGGCCUUCAGGAGCCGUGGUUAUGAGCGACAGAUCACCGAAACUGCCAUUGUGCGUGUUCUAUCGAAGUUGCAUGACAAGAAGUUAGAGCUUGUCUACAUCGUGGAACAUGUCUGGUGGAUGGUUGCAAAGGCUCUAACCAAGGAAGACCUGUGGACGAUCCAGGAGUAUGACUUCUUGUGGCAGCCACUUUGGAAGCGAUACCUGCUUCUCCUUGAAUGGACUCAGAAGUUGGAACAAGCAGGAACUUCCGUACCUGACCACAUCAAGCAGAGAGUUCAGCGGGAUGCGAUCUGCUCAGGUGAAAACAUUUUUAGUGAUGAUUUGGUAAACAUGUCGGGAGAAGACCGUUUAUAUUGCUGUGGAAGACUUGUCCCCAACCCGAGGGUAUAUAUUGUUUUGAGCAAUGUGUCUUGA